CCACCAUACAGUAUGCGUAUUAACACUACCGUUUAUGAUAGAAGUCCACUGCUGACUUACACGCCUCAUGAGGCGUGGCUUGAAUCCCCAGCCUUCGCGUCAUCGAGCUAUCACUUUACCGAUAGUGACAAUGCCAGCGUCUCCUUCCAAUGGUUCGGAACUGCUAUAUGGCUCUAUGGAAACUUCAGCUCAGUCUCUGGCGCGUAUAAUGCAAUGGUGGAUGAUAGCGCUACAAACUUCACAUCCCAGGAUCUAUUCACACACGAGACGCCCAUGCUCUUGUAUAGCGCUACCAAUUUAUCUCAGACCAACUUGCACACUAUGCGCCUAUUCAAUUUAGCAAACACUCUGAAGUUCACACAUUUGGUGUUCGAGACUGAAAUUACAAGUGACGGCGACAGCGUCGAUGUCGACCAGUCAUACAAUGGAAGCUCGUCAUUCUCGUACCUUCCGAAUCAACAUGGCUUGGCAGCGCCAUCGGAUCUCAAGGACGGUUCAGGCUCCUUAGACAUCCCAACACUUCGUUUUAAUUUCACAGGAUUGGCUAUCGCACUUUAUGGCAUACCUUCCGUUUACCCAUCCUCCUUUGCUAUUAUCCUUGAUGAUACCGCGACCCAGCGUUUUAUCUCAAACAGUCUGAUAUCAACCCUGGAUGUAGACAACACAAGUGAUAUUCCGGUACAGCAGACGGACGCUCAAGACCAAGUCUCGUCCAACAAUAGCUCUCAAUUGAUUUAUUUUGCGUCGAACCUUUCUGAAGGCCCACAUCAGCUUCUCAUCUUCGACUAUGGUAAUGGCACGAACACG